AUGAUCGUGGUGGCGGAAGGCCAGACCCGAGCAACCUGGCCAAUCCGCUCUGAGUCAGGCGCUAACAUCCUGCCGGAGAGCAUCGACCAGUGCAAGGGCUACAGCGCAUUCGCGGUUCUGCUGGACUCGCUGAACGUGGACCAGCCGGACGGAGGUGAUGGAUCUGAUCUCGGCUCUGGAGUUAGUACAAGAGACAAGAUGUCGCGCUCCCUCGCCGUGUCCAAGGUCGUCGUGAAUGCUAAGGAGAUCGAGCUCGACGGUUUGGCCAAGGACGGCGCCAUAUCCAUCUACGCCAAGCACGCCCGCGUACACUCUGGAGACGCCACACUGGUGCAGCCAGUCCAGCAACUGGGCAUCAUGUGCGCCUGUAUCGACUACGUGGACGUCAAGGCGCCGCUGUUCUCGUUCACGCGUCUGCACGGCGCUGGCCCGAGUAUGGGUGUGGAGUUGGGUUCGACCGGUGAGAUGGCCCGCUUCGGCACGGGCAUGCACGAGGCGCAUCUGACGCGCUGCCGUGUGCCAGCUUCAGGAUACCAAGGAUAUGGUGCUGAUCUCGAUCGGCAAUCAGGACAUCAAGCACGAGUUUGCGGAGGGGGCUCGGAUCCUGCAGGAGCUGGUUUCGAUGUGAAGUUGCGUCGCUGA